AUUGGCCCUUUGCAAAGCACACUUACAAGAAGCAAAAUGGGCCCACAGUGGAGUGAUCCCACCCUACGAAGACUACAUUGAAAAUGCAUGGAUGUCAAUAGGAAAUAAUCUAGUAUUACUGCAUGCUUUUAUCCAUGUCAACAACCCACUGAAGGAGAGUGACAUACAAUACCUCACAAAGUACCCUGAAAUAGUUCGCUUGUCAUCUAUCCUCCUCCGUCUUCCAAAUGAUAAAGGAACUUCAAAUUAUGAGAUGAAAAGGGGUGAUGUACCAAAAGCAAUACAAUGUUACGCAAAUGAGGCUAAAGUAUCUUUCGAAGAGGCUCGUGAUUACGUUGAUGGUCAUAUCAAUGAAACAUGGAAUAAAACCAAUAAAUUUCUAUUUGAAGAUGACACUUUGCCUAAAACAUUCGUUCCAGUUACCCAGAAUGUUGGCAGAGUAUCUCUGUGCAUGUAUCAAUAUGGAGAUGGGCAUAGCUUCAGGAACUUAGAGACUAAUAAUCGUAUCCAUGCUGCUUUGUUUGAUCCAAUUCCUCUAAUAAUAUAGCCAUGAUGAAAAUGUAUGUUUGUGAACAAUAAAAAUGUAUGCUUGUGGAAUGGAUUAUUGGUGUUGUUGAGGAAUUAAAUCAUUCUAUUUAAUGGCGUAUGGUUGGUACUG